GGUCAGAAUCAUUCAGGUAGUGGUGGCGGACGUAAAAAAAAGGAUGGUAAUGAUAAAAAGAAAAAGUAUGAACCACCAAUCCCGACGCGAGUUGGUAACCUCAAACGUCGCCGUCCAAAAGGUUCAGACACUGCUGUGAAAUUACCUCAAGUUAAACCUCAUACUAGAUGCAAGUUGAAGUUAUUAAAGUUGGAUAGAAUAAAGGAUUAUUUGCUGAUGGAAGAAGAAUUUAUAAAGAACCAGGAGAGAUUGAAGCCUACUGAAGAAAAAGAUGAAGAAGAUUUAUCGAAAGUUGAGAUUUUAAGAGGAACACCCAUGAAUGUUGGAACAUUGGAAGAGGUGAUCGAUGACAAUCAUGCAAUUGUAUCAACUUCUUUGGGCUCUAAAUACUAUGUAUCAAUUCUUUCUUUUGUGGGCAAAGAUCAACUGGAACUUGGAUGUCACGUUCUGCUGAACCACAGAAAUCAUUCGGUUGUUGGUGUCCUAGAUGACGCCACAGACCCGAUGGUUACGGUUAUGAAAUUGGAAAAAGCACCUCCAGAGACUUAUGCUGACAUUGGAGGUCUAGAAGAACAAAUUCGAGAGAUCAAGGAAUCAGUGGAGUUACCGUUGACCCAUCCAGAAUAUUAUGAAGAAAUGGGUAUUAAGCCACCUAAAGGUGUAAUUUUAUACGGCGAACCUGGAACUGGAAAGACUUUACUAGCCAAGGCUGUGGCAAAUCAAACCUCUGCAACUUUUUUGCGUGUCGUUGGCUCUGAACUUAUUCAAAAAUACCUUGGAGAUGGUCCCAAACUUGUUCGUGAACUCUUCAGAGUAGCAGAAGAACACGCACCGUCGAUUGUCUUUAUUGAUGAAAUAGAUGCUGUGGGGACCAAGCGAUAUGACAGUAACAGCGGUGGUGAAAGAGAAAUUCAAAGAACUAUGUUGGAGUUAUUGAAUCAACUUGAUGGAUUCGAUAGCCGUGGGGAUGUUAAAGUAAUUAUGGCAACUAACAGAAUUGAGUCUCUGGAUCCAGCUUUAAUCCGUCCAGGUCGUAUUGACCGCAAAAUAGAAUUCACGCUUCCUGAUGAGAACGCUAAGAGACGCAUUUUCAACAUCCACACCAGCAAGAUGACCUUAGCACCAGAUGUCAAUCUCAAUGACCUUAUUAUGUCUAAAGAGGAUCUAUCAGGAGCUGAUAUCAAAGCAAUAUGUACUGAGGCUGGUUUAAUGGCGCUUCGUGAGCGUCGUAUGAAAAUUACCAAUGAAGACUUUAAAAAAUCCAAAGAAAAUGUUCUUUAUAAGAAGAAAGAAGGUUCACCAGAAGGCCUUUACUUAUAA